CGCAAAGAACAUUAGACAGAAGUAGCAGCGAUCACAACUACAACACAGAGUGAAUAAAACAAGCUUAUCUUAGGUCAAAGGCUCUGAUCUGAGGAGGACUUCCUGACUCUGUUCUGCUCAGAAUUCUCCAAAGAAAGAAAGGAAAACAAAAAAGUCAGUGUGCUGACAGAGUGUGGAGGUAUCAGUGCAAUGGACACACUCCUGGCGGCCACUGCUCAGGCCGAACAUGGAGCACAUCUUCUCAGGCAACUGGAGAAGAUGAGAGAUGCCCAGGAGCUCACUGACGUGGUUCUGGUUGCUGGCGGCAUUUCCUUUGCUUGCCACAAGGUGGUGCUCUCUGCAUUCAGCCCAUACUUUCAGGCCAUGUUUACAUGUGGUCUAAAAGAAAGGAGGGGAGGUGUAGUCCCCCUGAGAGACACUCCUGCUCACAGCCUGGAGCUUCUGCUGGAUUUCAUGUACCGCGCUGAACUCCACCUGUCCAAUGACAACAUCCAGGCAGUCUCUGCUGCUGCCUUCCUGCUCCAUGUCGACGGAGCCUUCAGGUUGUGUCAAAGGCACAUGGAGGCCAGUAUGGACGCUUCCAACUGUGUUGGUCUGUACCACUGGGCCAGAGACUUGGGGGCCACUAGUUUAGCUGACUGUGCUUUCCGAUACCUCUGCCAACACUUUACACAGGUUUGUGAGGAAGAAGAAGUCCUGGAUUUGGACGCUCAAAGUCUUGCAGAUCUGCUGGCUUCAGACGACCUCAACAUUUCCAAGGAGGAGGUGAUGCUGGAGUUGGUGCUGCGUUGGGUGGCAAAGCGACGAGGGGACUCGCAAUGUGAAGCUCAGGCUGUGGAGUUGCUCCGUCAUGUACGGCUGGAGCUUGUGGAUCCCGUAUUCCUCCAAAAAGCUAGAAGAAAAUAUCCGGUUUUGCUACGAGACUUUGAGUGCUUGCGAAUGUCUGACGCUGCCCUCCAGACCUCGGGUCUGUGCAAGGCAUCAGCCCCGCCUCGACCAAUCCUUCGUUACGGGAUGGAGACCACCAACUUUCUGAUCUGCUUGGGAGGCGUGAACCACGACGGGAUUCCUUCCCGCCGUGGGGGCCAUGCUGAUCUCAGUUUUUGCUUCUCUCCCAAAGACAGAAAAACGUACUACAUCCCCUCUCCUCUGAAGGGCUCAGGGGGAUUUGGUCAGAUUGUUGGCGGGGCUGUGACUUGUGACAACAACAUAGUGGUCGCCGUCGAGGCAGAGGAUGAGCAUAGAAUGAAGAGAGUGGAUAUCUACAGGUGUACACGAACAGCAAAUGUCACUAUUUUAAUUCACCAUCUGACCUGCUCAAUUUGUUUAUGUUCCAGGUACAACCCUGCUGAGGAGUCCAUCUGGGUCAAGCUUUGCUCAGCAGUACACAGAGACAUGUGUGCUUUUGGGCUCCUGGGCGAUGCAAUCUACAUGAUUGGCGGUCAGAUGAAAGUGCACCAUCAUUACAUCAUCACAGACAGUGUGAUGAGGUGGUCGUUGAGAAGAGGAGGCAGCUGGAUCUCCUUCGCCCCACUGCCUCUUCCUUUAGCUUGCCACAGCACUGUUAGCCUCAAAGAGCGCCUUUAUGUGCUGGGAGGAUGGUCGCCACAGAACCACCCAGAAGAAGAACCAGACAAGCUGAGUAACCGAGUGUUCCAGUUUGAUCCCGGUAAAGAUAGAUGGAAAGAGUGCGCCAGGAUGAAGCACUCGAGAUAUCGCUUUGGCGCUGCCAUUCUCAAUGGAGAAAUCUACAUUUUAGGUGGUAUAGGAUGUGAUGGAGAAGACUGCGGCCAAUCACGUCGCUCUCUGAGCUGUGUAGAGAUUUACAACUCGGAAACAGACACAUGGAUGCCAGGCCCGAGUCUUCCCACAUCGUUACUGUCUCUCCGAAACAACACCUCUAAUGCAAGCGUAGUGCAGGGCAAGCUGUAUCUCUGUGGAUACUACAAGGGGGCUAGUCGUCAUGAGAUCAUCACCAAGCAGGUUUUGGAAUUGGACCCUGCUGUGAAUGCGUGGGCAGUGGUAGAAAGACAUGCAGCAAUGCACAACAGCUAUGAUGUCUGUGUGGUGGCUAACCUCAAUCCUCGUGACCUCCUCACACAAUGAAACAUCCCUUUAUGGCUCGGAGCGAUGACGAUGUUUCAACCAAGGAGCUGAGGGAGGCGAACUUCCAACCUUACAAGAAAAAUCAUGGCCUGCGUCAGCCCCGGGAAUCACAAACUGACUCUGGAUGUGAAAACUCUGGAUGGUUUUGUCGAGCAAACAAGCCACGUUUGGUCAUUUCUACAAAUGAGGGAAGUAAGGUCUUGCAAUUUAAGGGAUGCAAAUGAAUAAAGUCAUAAAGUUAUGAAAUUUAAAACUCUUGAGUUUUCUUGCGACUGUGCUUGAAUCUGCCAUGUAAAUUGAUAGAUAUGUGGUACCUGUAUUUGCAAGGAACUGCAUUCUUAAAAUGAAUUAAAUUGAAUCAUUUGUUGCUCGUCAUUUUGGGAAUAGUCACUUAAUGUAGUACCUUUAUAAAUCUUUAAUUAAAUUUUAAAAAAGGCACACAGUGCGACCCCCAAAAGCUGUACAAUUCUACAAAUCAUUGCUUUGCUAUUUUAACUUGAUAAUUGAUGUGCCAUUUUACUGUUUUGCUUUAUCUUUGCAUUCAUCCUGCUGUUAUGUUGGGAUUAUAUCUUUAUUUCAUUUUGCACUUAAUCUUGCUUUUAAUCAUGUUUUCUUUGGAUCCGUUUCACACUUUGUCUUGCACCAUUAAGGCAUUUGCCUUAAUGAUGCAAGACAAAUAAACUUGGCUUGCCUUGAGAUAAUGUCAGUCUGGCUCUACAUAAGCAGUGGUGGAAAGUAAGAAAACACAUUUUUUAGGUAUCUGCACUGGAAGAUUUAUUUUUCUGAUGACAUGAUGCAAAAAGUACAGAGAGGUCAAGUCAACCGUGGUUGAGAAAUAGGGACAGCAGCAACACGAAUGAACGUGAAUGAUGGUACACUAACAAUAUUUGGAAAAGCAUGAUAUUCUACAUCCAGGCAUCAAUUAAGAUGUUUGUUUUUAAUUUUGGCUACAAAAAUAAAAUGCCAGCACAUUUCAUAUGUUAUCAUUUGCACAUUUUCCAUUUGGUUCUUGUUGUUUGGCCUCGUGAAUCCUGAUUAUCCUGUUCAAUUUUGACC